GUAAUCAUCAGCCAUGAGUCGUUUAUACGACACUGUUGAACCAUCAGUAAUUGAUGAGGAUAUGCUCCAGAAAGCUGUUGAGGAACAAGGACCUAAGGAUGAAGCAGGAAAAAUUGCUAAAGCUGAGGGUAUUGACUUUGGAGAUGUGGAAUCACUCAGAUUAGAGUUCAAAAAUAUUUUGGAAAUUGACAAUUUGUGGAGUUUUACCUGUCUCACAAAAUUGCAGCUUGAUAACAACAUUAUAGAAAAGAUAAAGGGCUUGGAUGAACUUGUCAACCUUAUAUGGCUAGAUCUCUCUUUCAACAAUAUUGAGAUGAUUGAUGGUCUAGAUAAACUGACAAAACUUCAAGAUUUAACAUUAUAUAACAACCGUAUCUCACGGAUAGAAAAUAUGGAAAAACUUACAGACCUACAUGUAUUCUCUCUUGGAAAUAACAACCUCACAGAUCUGGAAAAUGUUGUUUAUUUGAGAAGAUUUAAGAAGUUGAGAACAUUAAACUUGAAUGGUAACCCAUUCUGUGAGCAGGCAGACUACAAACCACAUGUUAUAGCUUACAUCUCUUCCAUUGAUUUCCUUGACUACAGACUUAUUGAUGAACAGUCUAGAGCUGCGGCGACAGAGAAAUACCACCUGUCUAUAGAGGAGAUGUUACAUAAUGAGAGACAAGCUGAGCUUAGACAGGCUGAAGAUGAACAGAGAUUAACAGAAGAAGGCACACAUAAGGAAGCCUAUGUAGAUGGUUUGAAUGGACCUGACUUGUUUGAGGGCAUGUAUGCUGAUGAUACAGAGGGCAAGAAGCUGAAAGAGAUGCCUGGUGUUGAUGAACUUGUCAUGUUAUUCCGAGAAAAAUUUGUCAACAUCUGUAAACAAAUAUUUGAGUAUGGUCUUCAAGAAAAUGAUAAAAGACAGGAAGAGGUCAACCAGUUCUGGGAAUGUGCAGAGGAAGCAAAAACAGAGAAUAAGGAAACAGGCAUGGUACACAUUGAUAACUUCAUGAACAUGAAGAAAAAGAUAUUUGCGGAGCUAAAUCAUAUCACAGAUAACAGUCUGUUGGAUCAGAAAGUUAAGGAAUACAACAAAGAUGUGACAGAACUAUGGGAUAAACUCAUGGGAUUAGAACUGCAACUUGUAGAUCAGUUUGAGGAAAUCAUCAAAGACUUUGAGAGAAACCUGCAGGACAUGGGAUCCAACUUCAUUGAAAACGUACAAGGUUACCUGUCACAGUGCCGUGACCUUGAAAAUGCUCAUCAUGAACGCAUGCUCGAGAUUGCCAUCAUUACUCUAGAGAAGUUUGUGAAAAAUGAACUGGAUGACGAGAUUUCAGAAGACCUGAGAAAUUUGUUUGUGGACAAAGACACAAUUAUCAACGCUGUGACAUCAUCACAUGAUGUGCACUUACUAAAAAUAGACAACAAGGAAGAUGAUAUGGUCACGAGAAUCAACAACUGGAUGAAAACUUCCAUCGAAAAAAUUCAUUAUGAGCAGGAAGUGAAGCGUAAUCGUGAACGCGUUGCUGAAAUAAACAAUUUGAUAGAUCAUUUACGAGAUGAAAUAGACAACUUGGAAGUGUUACAGGGUGCUGGAUAUUGAGGAGUAGAAAUGAGCCGCGUCAUGACAAAACCAACAUAGUGCGUUUGCGACCAGCAUGGAUCCAGACCAGCCUGCCCAUCCCCGCAAUCUGAUCAGUAUCCAUGCUGUUCGCUUACAAACCGUAUAACAAGUAGAGAAACAGAUAGCGAACAGCAUGGAUCCUGGAUCCAUGAUUAUGUUGGUUUUGUCAUGACGCGGCUCAAAUGUGUGAGAGUUCAUACUGACUGACAUUUCGUAUCAUUUGAGAAUGUAAUGAGAAGCCUGAAUGUUGUGUUGAUGCUUCAGGGGAAUUGUUGAUUGUUAUGAUGACCCUUCAAUAUCAACUACAGUUUCAUGUUUUCAGUUAUUUUGUGAUGAUAAAAUAGUACCCUAGCAAUUAGUGAUUUAUCACUUUUUUACACCGCCUCCGUGGUCAAGGGGUUAGAGUCGAUGACUUCUAAUCCACUUACCUCUCUGGCGUGAGUUCGAUCCCCGGGAGAUGCUUUGGUUGUUUAGCGCGGAGGAAGGUAGUCUAGUACUGGUGUAACUCUCCAGGAACGAUGGUUAGGAAACUACCCGCCUAUAUGACUGAAAUACUGUUGGGAAAAGGCGUAAAAUGACAUAAACAGACAAAAAACUUUCUUUUCUUUUGAAAGCUGUGAAACUUCUAUUUUUUUUAAACAUCAGUUUAUUUACAAUGUAUUAUUGUUCUGUGAAAUGUUGACUUAACAUAUUAAGAUGAACACAGGGCAGAUCAUUCUUGUCUAUUACAAUAAAUGGAGUACAAGAUUUCAUAUUCAUCAUUAUAAAUGUUACAUUUUUGAAAGAACUUUUGAAUAAGGCAUAUGCAUUUAGUUAUUGGUUUUAAAAAGCAGAGUCCAAAACUAUAUCUUGUAUUAUUUGUGCAGAUGUUUAAAUGUUAUUUCUUGUUAUAAAUGUGUAUGUUAUAUUUAUUUCUGAACUGAUUUAAAUAAAAUAAAAUCAUACUUGA